AUGUCUCAUUCUUUGUUAUGUGUUGAUUAUGUCCUACAAUUAGGCGAAAGAGUUUUCUCGUCACAUCCUGACGUCUUGUUUAUAGGUCAGCCUUCUCAGGCUACCGGACCCGGAUAUCGUAUUCGUUACGUUGUAGUGAAAGGGAUGUCUCUUGGAAAGCUAGCCAUUGACAAGGUUGAUGUGAAGGGUAAGCGGGUACUUAUCCGGGUUGAUUUCAACGUACCUCAGAAGGAUGGAAAAAUCACUAACAAUCAACGUAUAGUUGCAGCUUUGCCAACGAUAAAGUACUGUCUGGAUAAUGGCGCCAAAGCUGUUGUUCUAAUGUCUCAUCUUGGUCGUCCAGAUGGCCAGAAAAAUAUGAAGUUUACCCUAGCUCCAGUAGCUGAGGAACUCAAAAAAUUGCUAAACAAAGAAGUGGCAUUCUUGCCUAACUGCGUUGGACCAGAAGUUGAAGCUGCAGUUGCUGAUCCUGCCCCAGGUUCUGUUUUCCUCUUAGAGAAUCUUCGAUUCCAUGUGGAGGAAGAAGGCAAAGGUGUUAACGCCCAGGGUGAAAAAGUCAAAGCUGAUGCAGGUGCUGUAGAGAAGUUCCGCGCCUCAUUGACCAAACUUGGUGACAUCUAUGUUAAUGAUGCGUUUGGAACUGCCCACAGGGCUCACAGCUCCAUGGUAGGCGUAAAUCUCGAUACUCGUGCAUGCGGUUAUUUGAUGAAGAAUGAACUGGUUUACUUCGGAAAGGCACUCAGUGAUCCAGAGAGACCUUUCCUAGCAAUCCUUGGAGGUGCUAAGGUGGCUGACAAAAUUCAGCUUAUCAAAAACAUGCUGGACAAGGUUAACGAGAUGAUUAUUGGAGGAGGCAUGGCGUUCACAUUCCUUAAGGUUGGUCAGAACGUUGAGAUUGGAAAUUCGCUCUAUGAUGAGGAGGGAGCAAAGAUUGUCAAGGAGUUGCUAAAUAAAGCGAAGGAAAAGAACGUGAAAAUCCAUUUACCAGUUGACUUCAUUGUUGGAGACAAAUUUGCAGAAGACGCUGCUUCAAAGACUACCACUAUUGAAGAAGGGGUUCCAGCAGGUGCGUUAAAUAAGCUGCCGCUCUGUUUGUGCUCGAAUAUUGUCAUUACAGGACAUAUGGGCUUAGACGUUGGACCAAAGUCUCAGCAACUAUUCGCUGAAGCCGUUGCCAGAGCUAAGACAAUCGUCUGGAACGGUCCACCAGGUGUUUUCGAAUUCGAGAAGUUUUCUCAUGGAACGAAAGCCAUGAUGGAUGCUGUUGUUAAAGCUACGGAGAAUGGAGCUGUUACGAUCAUCGGUAUGGCAGUCUUUGCAGUGUCCAAAAAAUUGAAAGGACAUUUAAUAGUAAUAAGUUUGGAUAGCCAAGCCUCGAAACUCACUAUCAAUGUUAAGGAGGUGGAGAUACGGCUACUGCUUGCAAAAAGUUCAAUACAGAAAGCAAAGUCAGCCAUAUGUCUACAGGAGGAGGAAAAGUACUACCUGGAGUGGAUGCGCUUUCUCCAGCAGCAUAAAGCUGUUCACUUUGGAGUUAAAAGUACCCAUAGAAAAAAUUAG